UUUACCGCCCGCGCCGCCUGCUAAACCCUUCCCCAUUCCGCCUAACUCGCCGCCGCCGCCGCCUUCCAGAACUACAGCCGGUCAGGCGACGCGGCCGACCGAGCCAUGUGGGCUCUGAGAAGCCUCCGCCGGACCCUCCCUAAAGCAGCCUCUUCGUCGCUCCACCGGAGGUGCGCCCCGUCGAUUAACUCCGAGGGCUUCACGGCGAGGGGAGGAGGGGGCGAGGCGGCCGCGGCCUCAAUAUCAGCAGCGUCAGUGCCGGCGAGCGCGGGGGGCGGAGGGGUAUGCCGGCGGCUGAUGUCGACGAGCAAGGGAAGGAGCAUGCGGAGCAAGGUGGAGAAGCGGAUGGGGAGGGAGACCGGCCGCACGCAGAUGGAGCUGCGCCGCGCCGUCAAGCUCCGAAAGAAGCUCAUGACCGAGGACGAGAGGCUCAUCCACAGCAUGCGGAGGGCCAAGAAAAAAGUUGCUCUACUUCUUCAAAAGCUCAAGAAGUAUGAGCUACCAGACCUACCAGCUCCUCGUCAUGAUCCAGAGCUGUUAACAGCUGAGCAGCUACAGGCUUACAAGAAGAUUGGAUUCAGAAAUAGAAACUAUGUCCCUGUUGGAGUUCGUGGAGUCUUUGGAGGUGUUGUUCAAAACAUGCACAUGCACUGGAAAUUCCAUGAGACAGUGCAAGUUUGCUGUGACAAUUUCCCAAAGGAAAAAAUUAAGGAAAUGGCAUCAAUGCUGACAAGAUUGAGUGGUGGUAUAGUGGUUAACAUUCACAAUACCAAAACAAUUAUCAUGUUUCGUGGAAGGAACUACCGUCAACCAAAGAACCUCAUACCUUUUAACACGCUUACCAAACGGAAGGCUUUAUUCAAGGCUAGAUAUGAGCAGGCUCUUGAGUCACAGAAACUAAAUAUCAAGAAAAUAGAGACACAACUUCGUCGCAAAGGUAUUAACCCAGAGGACCCAGUUGCCAUGGCCAGCAUCCAGCGAGUUGCCUCGAGAUUCUUUCAAGCCAUAGACGAGCAGCAAGGUACUCCCUAUGUCUUCCAUGGGGAUAAACAACCUACUGCUGGGACUACGGAAUUAAAAGAAGCAGAUGUUGAGCUAGCUGAGGAUAGCGACCAGGAGGAGCUUGACAACUUCAUUGCGGAAAUAGAGAAUGCAGCAGAGAAGCAAUGGGAGGAAGAGGAGGCAGCAGAGAAAGAAGAAACUUCAAGGCUGCAGUAUCGCUACAGAGAAGAGAUGAUGGGUGAGCGGAGGGGUUUCAAUAGAAGCUAUGACAACUCAGAUGCCGAUGAUAGAACCCAGGGAAGAUACAGGAGAGAUAACGACAACAAUAAAUGGGCAACAGAUACAAGGAGAUGGGAUGAUGACAGUGAGAUAGAGGCGUCAGGUGAGGAUGUGGGUGAGCGCAGGGGUUUCGGGAGAAGCUAUGAUAACUCAGAUGCUGAGGAUAGAAGCCAGGGAAGAUACAUGAGAGAGAACAAAAACAACAGAAGAACAACAGGUUCGAGCAGGUUGGAUGAUGAUACUGAAGCAUCAGGCGAGGACUGGGACACUGAUGAUGGCAGGGAUAGUAUGGUUGUCUUCGACAAGGAGAGGCAUGUACCUGAUGAGCAUCCUCGGCGAUUUGACAACAUGCGACAUGAGAGGAGUAGUUCCAGUCACAGGCAGAAUUAUAUGCCUGGGGCCUCCAGAAGUCCCAGCCGGACUCCGAAGAAUGCAGUUAGUGUUUCUGAUGACAGCGAGGAUGACGUUUCAGACAGUGAAGAUGAUGAGGUGUGGGGAGCAGAUUACAAGGAAGAGACGAGCUCGAGUGCCCCGAAGGUGAAUUUUCCUAAUUACAAGAGCAGCAGCGAGGAGGAGGAUACCGGCGACAACUGGAUGCGUGGUGGCAGAACCAGCCAAACGAAGAAGAAUACCGACGAGGACUGGGACAGUGACUGACAAAUUGAAAAAGAACAGUCAAGCCUGCAUCUUCCAUGGUUACUGUUGUCACAUUUCCUCCAACGUGUUGCUGCAGAAAAGAGUUCGUUGAGCUUGUUUUUCGUGGGAGCAUCCGUCUCAGUACCGCAGACGGUGCUGCAUGAUUCCACCUGACAUCAUGCUGGGUUGGGUGCUCAUAAAUAAUUGUUUGAAUUGCGUCUCCAAAUAUGUAGUUGGCGCAUCCCCGAAGGACGAAGCAGUCUGCCAGUUGCCAGCAGACGCGGGACCAUAAUAGCAGGAGGUCAUGGUGUUGAAUGUUGUCCUUGGCUGAACGUGUUUCCUCAGUUCUAUAGGUCGAAGGGGUCUGGUGGUUCUACACAUCUGAAUCUCUUGUUAUGAGAUCAUUCGUAAGAGCGGAUUUGCCGUCAACAAAAAAGCUUGCACAUAGAAAUAUUUGAAGGCCCUGCUUGUUGUGCCCCCCCGAGGCAUAUAAGUUUACUCAUUCAUUCAUUGGGAUGCUCACUAAACGCAAUGGACAUUUUCUUUUCCGUCCUGGUUUAUUGGUCCUCUUCGUAUUU